AUGAAGGCCACAGAGCAAGACUCUGUUAAGGUGGUGGAGAAAUUAAGUGUUGAAAAACCUGAAAAGGGGAAGAUGUCGAGUAAAAAGAAGAAUGUCAAGAAAGAUGGAGAUGAGAGUGAAAGUGGGUUUUGGUUCAGAUUCAAGCUCAUUUUUAGCUGCAUCUCUUCUAGAUCAAAAGUUGAUAGUUCCAUGAAUGCCACUACAGUUAUUGAACCUAAGCAUGUUGUUAUUGAGAAACGUGAAGGUGAUCCCAAAGAUAGUAGUUGUGCAGGGAGCGGUUCCUCAACACCUCUAAUGAGUGGGGAAUUGAAAUAUUCUUCAAAGCUACGGAUCUUCAUGUUCAACGACCUUAAGCUAGCUACUAGGAAUUUCAGACCAGACUCUCUUCUUGGUGAAGGUGGGUUUGGAUGUGUUUUCAAAGGAUGGAUAGAAGAAAACGGAACUGCUCCGGUCAAGCCUGGUACUGGUCUAACCGUAGCGGUUAAAACACUGAACCCAGAUGGCCUUCAAGGUCACAAGGAGUGGCUGGCUGAGAUUAACUUUCUUGGAAACCUUGUUCACCCAAGCCUGGUUAAACUGGUGGGCUAUUGCAUGGAAGAAGAUCAGAGGCUGCUCGUUUACGAGUUUAUGCCUCGAGGAAGUUUGGAGAACCAUCUUUUCAGAAGGACUUUACCUCUCCCUUGGUCUGUGAGAAUGAAAAUCGCACUUGGUGCAGCAAAAGGACUUGCCUUUCUCCAUGAGGAAGCUGUGAAGCCAGUCAUUUACCGCGAUUUCAAAACGUCUAAUAUCUUGCUAGACGCGGAAUAUAACGCAAAGCUCUCUGAUUUCGGGCUUGCGAAAGAUGCUCCAGACGAGAAAAAAUCUCAUGUGUCCACCCGAGUCAUGGGAACGUAUGGUUAUGCAGCACCUGAGUAUGUAAUGACUGGACAUUUGACGACGAAGAGUGAUGUAUACAGCUUUGGAGUAGUGUUACUUGAGAUACUGACUGGACGAAGAUCAGUGGAUAAAAGCCGGCCAAACGGUGAGCAGAACUUGGUGGAAUGGGUGAGACCUCAUCUUUUAGACAAGAAGAGGUUUUACAGACUGUUAGAUCCUCGUUUAGAGGGUCACUUCUCGAUCAAGGGUGCUCAGAAAGCGACACAGUUAGCUGCUCAAUGCCUUAACCGAGACUCGAAAGCUAGGCCAAAGAUGAGUGAGGUUGUGGAAGCCUUGAAGCCGUUACCAAGCCUUAAAGACUUUGCUAGCUCUUCUUCUUCUUUCCAAACGAUGCAGCCUGUUGCCAAGAACGGUGUCAGAACACAAGGAGGAGGGUUUGUGUCGAGAAAUGGACCGCCUUUGAGGAGUUUGUCUAGCUUGAACCUGCCUCAAGCUUCACCGUAUAGAAAUGCUCGUCAGUCGCCGAAGCCUAAAGGAAAAGAGCCGUAA